UCCACCUCCUGACAUUUCCACUUUGAGAUGGCAUUCGAAGCUCGCCCUGCAUCGUUAGUCGCAGCGUUAUCUCCAUUAUUUUGUUAUUAAAUGUACAGUUCGCAAGUGUAAGACAGAUCGGCCGACAUUGUGACCUCGUAAAUGUGUACAAGGACCGUUUUCUGAUAUUUGUUCGUGUUGUAAAGGAGUGCAAACGCCAGGAAAAAUGUCGCGUCACAGGAUCGUCCGGGCCAUGGACUACAAUGAUGAAUAUGACGGUUAUGACGACGUCUAUGGCCACUCAGUGGACGAUGACAAUUGCAUAUCACCGUCAGAUGCAUCACAAUGGAUUUAUGACCGUGCCAAAGGACAACAAAGUAUGUCAGCAUUUAUGGCGAAUAAUGAAAACAUUGAAGAGGAAGAUGAAGACGAAGGUUGUGAAAAUGGCGAAAGUUCUUACAACAAAAAGCGUCGUGACUCAGAAAAUUUUCAAAUGCCUGUUUUGGACGAUCUGACCCAAGCGAAAUUGAUGUCGUGCAUGGAAGAGAUACGAAAUGUGGUAGGCGAUACAACUUCAGAUCGGCAGAUUGUAGAAACAGUCAUGAAGUAUGAUUACGACGUUGCAAAAGCUUUGGACAACAUUCUGAACGCGCCAUCUAACAGCGUUCGUGAGAAGAGGACGCCUCGGCCGGCUAAAGACCAACUGGAAAAAGACUUUCAACCAAAUUUAGCAAUAAAUAAUAUUAAGUUCAAAAUACCCUCACUGAAGCCUAACCUAUCGGUUCCAUCACUGGCUAGUAGCGAAAGUGGUGAGAAUAUCGACGAAUACAUAAAGAAAAGUUUUCAAACUGCAAAGUUAGGUGGCCUUGCACCAAAGCCAUCUAAACCGAUUUUUGUUGUUCCGCAACUCAAGGCGUCGAGCAGCUCAGAGUCCGAAAGCCCUAAAUCAAGUCAAUUAACUCAAUGUAGUCCACAGUCCCUGUCAGGUACAAAUAUUAGCAGUUCUUUCAACAUACCGAAGCUGAUUAUCACCGCACAACUUCCUGAAAGGUCAAUCAAAAAAGGAUUCGAUAUUAGCUCACCAAAAACGUUAUCGCCUGCAGUCUCAGGGAGAAAUACUCCGGAACAAACUUCACCCCUCGAAGAGUCAACAAAAUCAACGGGUCGGACCAAAGACCAACAAAAUCGUAAUGUACAACAAUUGUACUCAAAGGAGCGCGGCAAUGAGAAGAAACAUCUGCAUAUGGUGGUCAUUGGGCACGUGGAUGCUGGCAAAAGUACACUCAUGGGUCAUUUGUUGUACGACACAGGGAAUGUAUCGCAGCGAGUAAUGCACAAACACGAACAGGAAAGUAAGAAAUUGGGCAAACAGAGCUUUAUGUACGCCUGGGUGCUGGACGAAACUGGCGAGGAGCGGACGCGAGGAAUAACAAUGGAUGUGGGCAGUUCGAGAAUUGAAACAAGUUCAAAAAUUGUGACUUUACUUGACGCACCAGGACAUAAGGACUUCAUCCCUAACAUGAUAUCCGGCGCUACCCAAGCUGACGUUGCGCUUUUAGUGGUCGAUGCUACUCGAGGUGAAUUCGAAACAGGAUUCGAACAAGGCGGGCAGACAAGAGAGCAUGCACUUCUAGUGAGAUCCCUCGGCGUGAGUCAAUUGGGCGUUGUAGUCAACAAACUAGACACAGUCGGAUGGUCUAAGGAGCGAUUCGACGAGAUCGUGACCAAGAUGAAGUCAUUCCUCAAGCAAGCCGGUUUCAAAGAAUCUGAUGUAGUCUACGUUCCAUGCUCCGGUCUGACUGGGGAAAAUUUGGUGAAACCAGCAACAGAAGCUGAGCUUGUAUCCUGGUACAAAGGUCCGACCCUUCUAAAUGUCAUCGACAACUUCAAAUUGCCUGAACGGUCGAUCGAUAAACCCUUCAGAAUGUCAGUGUCAGACAUUUUCAAGGGAACUGGAUCGGGAUUUUGUAUUUCCGGACGAAUUGAAACUGGUGUACUCUGCGUGAAUGAUAAAGUGCUAGUCGGACCAAGCCGCGAACAGGCUCAAAUAAAAAGCAUAAUGAUUGACGAAGCCUCAGUUACAGCAGCUUUUGCUGGCGAUCAAGUCUCGGUUUCACUUUCCGGAAAUAUCGAUAUUGCCAACAUCUCGGUGGGUUUUAUUAUCUGCGAUCCAGCAAAUCCAAUACCGAUUGUUACCCGAAUGCAAGCCCGCAUCAUAGUCUUCAAUGUCAAGGUGCCAAUAACAUUGGGCUAUCCGGUUCUACUCCAUCACCAAUCCCUGAUCGAACCUGCCACUAUCGUCAAACUAAAUGCUCAACUUCAUAAGGGUACCGGGGAAGUGAUUAAGAAGAAACCUCGUUGUCUCGGCAACAAUUCCUGCGCUCUUGUUGAAAUUGAAACAAGUCGACCCAUUGGAGUGGAACUUUAUGCUGAUGUGAAGGAGCUCGGAAGGAUAAUGCUUCGUGUUAGUGGUGUGACGAUUGCAGCCGGUCUUAUAACGAAAAUUAUCAAGUGAAGAUAAAAUCGUUUUGCUACUCCUUGUCAACGUGCUAAUUUAUUAUCGUGAAUUCUGCCGCUGGUGCUUCAAGCAUUUGAUGAUGGAUAUGCGCUGGCGCUGAAGGUUUCUAUUUACAUAAUUUCACAAUGUUUUUACUGUCAAUAUUUAAGGUUGAUAUUUUUUUGUUGAAACGAAAACUUUCUCGAUUUAAUAAUAAAAAAUGUCCUUUUGUUACUUA